CGAUAUUUGAAGGACUCUAAUAAGCGCUAUUUUCAGAUUUGGGUUGCAAUUGUCAACUUUGUACCUUAGUUGACAGGCUGUACAAUUUUGACCAGCUAGCCGUUCACUAUUUGCUGAAUGCAUAUCUAAAAGUACGAGCUAACAUUCUACUCACCGGGUGAAAUAUCUAUGUCAAAGUUCUUAGAAAGUGGAAUUGCUUCAGAGUUCUCAGAAUUGAAUAUUUCUGAAGAAAAGGAGAAUAUUGAAAAACUUCCAGCACGUGCGAUGAAAAGAUGCAGUUUCAAAAAGGCAUCCAAUACGGUGUCCAGCAAGUGUGAUCAGAAAUCGAUUGAAGAUUCAGAGACCUUAGAUUCCUACUUCUUACAACAUGGUAAUUCUAUCAACUGUAAAACAAGUAAUCAUACCCUGUCCAAACUUCGCGUUGGAAAUCAUCCAGGAUUACCUGAUCCCGUCGUUCUUGAGCAAUUUCGUAAUUCCUAUAAGCCCAAACAGUUACCUACUUUGGAGAAAUUGAGGUCAAAAUUAGGCACACGCUUGUUUGAUAAUUGGAGAAUUUAUUUGCGUGAAGGAUUUAAUAUUCUCUUGUAUGGAAUUGGAUCCAAGCGGUAUAUUAUGGAGGAUUUUCGAAAGCAAUAUCUAUCUAAAGCAAAUUGUAUCGUUAUUCCAGGUUACGAUCCCUCGACAAAUAUAAGACAAAUACUUAAUUGUAUUUGUCAUGAAUUUCUGCAUGUUGCAGAUAGCUGUAAAAACCCAACUGAACAACUUCAAUUAAUAUACGAUUUAUUCAAAAAAGAUGAAGCUGAAAAGUCACCAUUAUUUCUCCUUCUAAACAAUAUUGAUGGUCCGGGAUUACGCAAUGGUAAAGCCCAGGCUAUUUUAGCUCGGUUAGCGGAAAUACAACAUAUCCACUUAGUUGCUUCAUUAGAUCAUGCUAACAUGCCUCUUUUAUGGUCUCAUAACGAAUUGGCUAGAUUCUCUUGGAUCUGGGAAGAUUGUACUAAUUUUUAUAAUUAUACAGAAGAGAGCAGUUUUGCAAAUAGUCAAAUUUUGCAGAAUAUUCUUGGUGGUAUUGGAAGUGGAUCAGAUACUACUGGAAGUGUUGGUGCAAUGUUUGCUAGUCUACGCCAAGUGGCUUCAUCAUUGACACAAAAUGCUCGUGAUAUAUUUCGUAUGAUUGUCGAAUAUCAAUUAGAAACACCAUUUCAAGAUAGUAAAGGGGCUAUAAAUGGGAUUGCUAUGGAGGAUUUAUACUGGCGUUGUCGUGAUGCUUUUCUGACAAGUAAUGAAACAACUUUAAAAGCCCAAUUAACUGAAUUUCGUGAUCAUAAAUUAAUUAAAAUAAAGAAGGGACCUGAUGGCACGGAAUUCAUAUUCAUUCCAAUGGAUACGGAUAAUUUACGAAAAUUGUUGCAAAAUAUAGAUACAUUUCAAUAA